AUGAUGAUUACUCACUUGGUCAAAUUCGAGGGUAAAAUCAUCGAAACUACUGUGACAAAUAAGGCUAAUGUGGCUGAUGAUUGGAUACAGAGUAUCAAAAGGUUGUUGAAGCAACAUCAAGGUCUUAAAAUCAUUGGAAUGGGCUGCAAAUUCAUCCAUCAUCCAAUUCUGUCUAUGAGCAAUAAAACCGCACUCUUGCAGCUAUGCUUCCAAACAAAAGCCCUCAUUCUUCAACUCCUACACAUUGAUUCCAUUCCUCAAUCUAUGAUGGAUUUCCUCAGCGACUCUAACACUACGUUUGUUGGCAUUGACAUUCGGAACAACUCAAGAAAACUUCUAGAAGAGCAUGCAGUCCACGUGAGCCGUAUGGUGGACAUUCAUUUUCUGGCUGAGAAAUGGUUUCCUGUGAGCUAUAGAGGUAAGCCUAGCAUGAGGGCUCUAGCUUAUUGCAUUGUUGGAUUCUCAGUGAGGAAAUGCAGAAGCAAUGCUAACAUCAAAGGAGACUGGGAAUCGAGAAUUCUUGAUACAGAGCUGGUCGAGCAAGCAUGUGUCGAUGCCUACACGUCUUACAUCAUUGCUCACAAAUUGCUUAAACAUGGCUAG